UUGAAAAGAUGCUCAACAUCAUCGGUCAUUACAAAAAAAAAAAAAAUGCUGAGAGGCAGGCUGAUAUGAGGCGACAGGUGUCUCCCUGGGGACAGCUCACCCCAUCCAGCUCCCGGUCCUCAGCCUCGCCUUUGAUAGAUGCUGACGCUGACGCCGACGCCUCGGAGGCAAGCAGCUGGACCCACAUCUUAGAGCGAGCCAGGGCUCUGCCCCACUGUCCCUCGCAGCUUUCCAGCGUCUGCUCAUCUUGGGCUCUAGGUGAGGAAUUCGAGGCCGGCAGCAUCACUUCCGUCUUCAGGAACCGUGCCGUCGUGAAGUACAGUCGUCUGGAGGACGUGCUGCACGGCUGCUCCUGGAAGGUCAACAACAAGCUGGACGGGACAUACCUGCCGCUGCCCGUGGACCAGAUCAUCCAGCGCACAAAAGGGAUGGUCAACAAGAUAGUGCAGUACAGCCUGAUCGAGGGGAACUGUGAGCACUUUGUCAAUGACCUCAGAUACGGUGUGCCCAGGAGCCAGCAGGUAGAGCACGCGCUGAUGGAAGGCACCAAGGCUGUGGGCGCGGUCAUCUCCGCUGUGGUGGAGAGCAUAAGGCCCAAGCCUGUAACUGCCUGAAGGCGCUCGGACUCCCAGCAGAGGAAGAAAUGCUGCCAUCCGCAAGGACCAUGUGCCUCCUUGCCUCUCCUUGCCUUCUCUCUCCAUAGCCCGACUCGAGAAAACUGUGAGCUUCUGGAAGAAUCUAGAAUGUAUCCAAUUACCCCUCCAGAAAUACAUCCAAUAUAUGUGAUCACAGAUCCGAGGACUCUCGUGGUGAGAAGAAGCGAAUAUUUAUUAGUACGCAUCCGUAGAGGCCAGGCAUGGUGCUAGGCCUUUCGCAGGCUCCUGAUCUCCCUCCCUGUGGGAAGGGCCUUGCUCGUUUCUCAGGCUGACUCUGGUCCUUGAUGUUUGAAUCCCACCUAAGCCAUCCGGGAAACCUCUGCUGGAACAUUCCCAGGAACGGAGAGCUCUUUUUCAGAAGUUCCUAUUCUUGAAUGUCUCUGGCUUUUUUGCAUUCACGCGAACUCUGCUCUUUCUGACCCGCACUGCUGUGCGGGGGAGGAGACUUGACGGAAACUCAGUAUUUGCUAUUCAAGGCCAUCUGUGCUUAAUCCAAAAUCACAGGCCGGCCUCACUCUUUGUUGCUUAACACCCUCUGCUUUAAAGUCUAAUCAACAUCUACUUGGCUUUUCUACUUUAGAAUCAUCAGAAGAUUUGAAACUGUUAUUUUCACUGAUUUCAGAUGAAUAUUUAAAAUAAUUUCCUCACUGGACUUCUGUGCUCAUGAGGGAGAGGAAGGAGCGAUUUUUGUGUGUUGACCGCUGUUGGCAUGAUGGCAGAUCUAGAAUUAUGACCAGGGAUGGUUGGUGCCCGUUGAGAGCUGAAGGCAUCCGGGAAGGGACUCUCAGAAUGGCUAGGAACCGGGUUG